GCCGGGGUGACAGCGCGGCCGCCGCCGCCACCCCCCCCCCCCCCCCCCCACCCCAAAAAACCCGCAUGGAGGGCGGCGGGGAGACGCUGCCCCCCGACCUGCGGGAGCUGGCCAGCAAGGUGGGACGGCGCCCUCCCGCCGGGCUGCUGCGGGGGCUGCGGGCCGACACCUCCCCCUCGCCGCCGGCACCGCCGGCACCGGCCCGAGGCGCCCGCCCGCCGCUCGCCGACCGCCUCCGGGCGCUCCGCCUCGAGCUGGCCUAUCUGCGAGCGGUCGACGUGAAGAUCCUGCAGCAGCUGGUGGUGGUGAACGAAGGCAUCGAGGCGGUGAAGUGGCUGCUGGAGGACAGGAGCACGCUGACCAGCCGCUGCAGCAGCCUGGCCAGCAGCCAGUACAGCCUGGUGGAGAGCCAGGCGGCCUCGCGGCGGGGCAGCUGGGACAGCCUGCAGGACCCCAACGACAAGCUGGACAGCAUCUCCGUUGGUAGCUACCUGGACACGUUGGCCGAUGACAUGGAUGAGUAUUCCCAAAACGCCGCCGAAACUGCUGCCGCAUCUGCAUCGGGCAGAGCCCUGGUCAGGGCAGAGCAGGAUUGGGUCAGGAUCGACCCCGAGAGGGGUCUUGCAAAGCAAGAGAAGGGGAAAGCGGAGCAGGAGUGGCCUCACAUGGACCUCUCGCCACCUGGGCUGCCUCAGGAUCACCGGUUUGCUAAGGAGCCCCAGGUGGCCAACGGGUAUUUGGGCCAGCAGCCCUCCUCUCUGGAACCAGGCAGAGACACCAAAUUGCCGUCAGGGGCUGGGGAGAGGCUGGGGAAGGGGAACCCAGGUGGGAAGGCUCGGAAAGCCGACGCUGACUUUGAGAACUGCAAACUCAACAGCAAACUGCACCUGGAGUACGAUGCCCACUGGCGCUGGCUCCAGUCUCAGGAUGAUGUGACGUUCUUGUAGUCUGUGGCUUCACCUUCCCAGUCCAGCUCUCCCAGCUGCCUGCUCUGCUUCACUUGUCUCUGCUUGGGAGAGUUGGGGUGGCUGGAGAUGGGGGGGACAGGCUGGCUUGGUGGGUUGCACUGUUCCUCUGCUCCCCCAUCAGUGUUUGGUGAUACAGCCCUAAGGGAUGGGGUGCCCGCCCUGCAGCAAAUUUCUGGGAGAGGUGGGAUGAGGUGGGUCCCCGUAAAUUUAAUCCUUUGCUCUGGGGUGACGCUUGCAGGUGGCUGGUCAUUCCUCUGUUGUGUUGGUGGUGGGGAAAUGUUAGUGGGGAAACUUGGGACAGUGGGACUUCUGGGACCUCUCCCCUCUAAUCCUCAGCCUACUAUGUGCAAAAACUGGGGACCCUUCCCCCAAACUAGCUACCCGGAGAAAACAGGAGAUGCUCCCAUGCAUCCACAGCUUGGUGACACCAGCACGCUCAGUGCGAGGUGCGGGGCAGGACCAUCAGCAGGGCACCCCUGUUGCAUGUGCUCAUUUCCAUCAUCAUCUUCAAGGCCAGUGUCCAUCCAGGGUAGAGGUGACCUAGGGCACCUGGUGUUUGGAGCAGCACAUGGUAGAUGCUAAACCCCCCUUCUCCUGCGGGUGAAGCCCUGCGUGCUUCAAAUGCCUUUGUGAAGCCGAUCUGAAGUGUGAUCCUGUUGGGCUGGGGAGCCUUUGUCCAUGACCUGUGGAGGAAGGAUGAUGGUGCAGACUUCCCUUCCCGAUGUGAUUACACGAGAAGGGCAAAGCACUGGGUGGGAGAUAGAGAUUCAGUUCUCCCAGUUUGUUUCUGGACUGUCUUCCACCUUGGAACCAGGUCCUGCAGAAGCCCUGGGAUGUGGCAGAGUACAGGCAGCCUGGCAGAGCCUACGGGGCUCAGACUCAGAAAAGGUCAUGCUUUUCUCAGAAAGGCUUGUGAUUUCCCCUGAUGCAGUGUGAUGGGAGUGAUGGCUGGAAUUCUCCAUCUGUGUGAUGAAUGGUGCCAGGCCUCUGCCCCCUACCAGCAACCAGAAACAUGAGGCUCCUCUGCCAGGGUGGAUUUCCAGCGACUCUGCCCUGGAGACAUCUUCUCUGUCCUUUUAGCCUUGGCUUCUGCCUGUGCCUUUUACUGUCCACCCACCAUGCCUCCCAGCACAGCCCUCACUGGCUUAUAGAGCAUGGCUUGCAGCUGUGUAAGAGCUUAGGCAGGGCCUGCUGCCUUCACCAGAUGAUGCAGGGAAGGAUCUGAGCAUCCUGAAGCCCCCUGCUUCAAGGAGAGGGGCUCUUCCAUGUGUGUGGACAAGCCUGGAGGAUCCUGGCUUCACAACCUGUGGGUGCGUCUGUCCCCAGCUGAGUGCUGUGACAGCUUUGCUCUCGCCAUGGUGCCAUCAUUCCCCUACCUGUGUGUGUCACAGCCUGGCCCUUUCCUUGCUGGAAUGGUGGGAGUGGGGACAACACCUCCUGAUGCCAGUUGGAAGCCAAGAGAGGGAAGACCUGGCUGUGACUGUUUCUAGAUGCGAGAUGUGAGCUGGCCAUGGUUGGGAAGGUGGUCGGGUGCACAACAGGUUCAGCUUUGCGUCUCUGAAGCAGCACCUUCAGUGGGAACUAUCCUCUGUGCUGAGACCCCCGAGCACCCUCCCUUCUCCUGCAGAUCUUCAGGGCUUCCCUGGAUGGACAUGGAGAGCAGGACAACGUUUAAAGUUCCUGGAGACGGCACCUGCUGAGGACCUGGGGGAAUCCCAGCAAACUGGGACCAGGUUGCCCUGCACGAGCAUCCCAUCUGCCUGCCCCAGAGUAGCUGUGCUUGGCUUGCCAUCCAUCGCCUGUGAGCAGCUCAUGGCUCCCUGUGUAGCUCUGCUGCUACCGCUGAGCUACCACGUCUCCCAAGGCUGGCUGACCCCCAAUUUCCUUCUAGUCCUGCAUGCAAUAAAUCAGCUGAGGGUCCCUGGGGGAGACAGGGUAAGUCCUCCAGCAAUGUUAAAAUAAUUCUCAACAAAAAAUAGCUGGCUUAAUAAAUGGUAGUGUUUCUCCCAGGC